GAACCUUACACUCAGAAAUGCAACAUAAAAAAGAUGAUGGCUGAGGAUGGUGACUGGACUACCAUUCUGUUUUGUAAGGAUGACAUUCAAUCAGAAGAUGAUGUCCCAUACAGUUAUGAGAUAUUCCACUUCAUAUUCUCAAUGGGAGCAAUGUAUUUUGCAAUGCUAUUCAUUAGCUGGGAGUUGGAUCAACCAACUAGAAAGUGGAGCAUCGAUGUUGGUUGGCCUAGUACAUGGGUGAAAAUUAUCAACCAAUGGUUUGCUGCCAGCAUAUAUUUGUGGAAGCUGAUCUCCCCUGUUGUAAUGGGGGAAAAAGCCAUCAAUCAGGAACAACAUGUGCAGAAUGUUCCAGUAGCAGUAUGAUAUCAAGAUUACUCCAGAACAUGUUCUGUUCUAGUGGACUUCAGUCUCAACUCAGCAUUGUACAUUUAUAGCCAUGAAAUAUUCCUUAUUUCUCAUACAUGUAAUUACAAUUUUUCAAGCCGCAUGUAUUUGUUUCAUAUAACUAAGUUAAUGUGCAUAAUUCAAUGGUAGAAAACCUUUUUCCA